CUUCCAAUAUUGCAAUUUUUUUCAAGACACGUGUCACCUGCAACAACCCAGCGGUUGCCCAACCCAUAUAUUCACCGCCGCGCUUCCUCCUGCUUUGGAAUUCCACUAACCACCAGCUCCUGAUGGCAGCUACUGUACACCGUCCGAUCUCUCCUCCGCGCGGGAUGCGAACCAAAUCGACGGUUCUAAUCACCGCUCUCAUGUUCCUUCUUACUUUACAGAAGGCGGCAGCCCAGCAGCCUCCGGCGAGAUCUGCGGCCAACGGUGAUAACCCAUAUAACGCGGGCGUGAGCCCGGCUCUUGCCAUCCUCGUCGUGGCCAUCGUCAGCGCCUUCUUCCUACUAGGCUUCUUCUCCAUCUACCUUCGCCGAUGCUCUGGCGACAACUCCGCCAUAGCACCAGCUAUUCUCGCUGGGCUCGGCGGUGGGCGGUCGAGGCGUGGAACACAGAGAGGUCUGGAUCAAUCCUUGCUCGAGACAUUUCCGACGAUGGUGUACUCGUCGGUAAAGGGGCAGAAAUUGGGGAAAGAAUCGCUCGAAUGUGCCGUAUGUCUCUGCGAGUUCGAGGAGGACGAUAUUCUCCGUCUUCUUCCAAGAUGCAGCCAUGUGUAUCACCGCGAUUGCAUCGACGUCUGGUUUACGACUCACGUCACUUGCCCUGUUUGCCGGUUCAAUCUCGCCGUCAGCGACGAGGAACCACAGCCGGAAACGGCUGAUGCUGUAGCAAUCUCUGUUGAGAGGGAGGAGGUGGUGAACGGGGAAGAUCAGCAUCCGGAUCUGGCGGAUUUAGUGCAGAUUGGGAGUCAGAGGAGGCAGGCGAGAUCGGGAUCAGUGAAAAGAAUUCCGAUGAGUUCACGAUCUACAGGUGAUUGGGCUGCGGUCGUGGCUGCCUCCGGCGGGGAAGGAGGGGACAGGUUCAGGCUGCGAUUGCCAGAGGAUGUCAGGCGGCAGAUCUUGGCGGCGGGGCAGCUUCGUCGUUCUGCAAGCUUUGCGGUUUUUACAGGGAGAGGGGAGGGGAGCUCUCGACGGGGAUACAGAGAAAGCGUAGGCCGCGGAUGGCGAAGCUUGCGGAUGGGAAGAUCGGGCCGGUGGCCGUUGUUUGGGAGGAGUUUCUCGGCGAGAACGGCGGCGGAGGGAUCCGUCUCCGGCAGUGUGAAAGGUGGGGUGGUUGUUCCGGUGAAGGAGACUAACGGCGACCGAGGGAAGACUGAGGACAACGCCGUAAUUUCCUCGGCGGCUUUUAAUUUAGUUUGAAAAUUUGAACUUGGCCUUCGGUUUUAACGGCGUUAGUAUUGUUGCUUGAACAGUUAGGUUUUCAUAACGGUGCCGUUAGUAGGAGCGGACUCGUUUGCACAGCAGAAAUUUUUUGGUAAACAAAUCGUUUAAAUUUUAAAAUAAAAUUUAUAAUUAUUAAAUUUGUUUUGAGAUAAAUUUUAGAUUAAAUUUAUGUUUUAUUUAUCUCAAAAUAAUUUUAAUAAUUAUAAAAUUUAAUUUAUCAAAGGCCAUGAUAAUCUUAUUGAAUUUUUUCUUGUGCAAGCGGGCCAACUAUAUCGGCACACUAAUGUUUCCUUUGGGUAAUCUUAUUUACUACUUUGUAAAGCUGUUCUUUAGUUAAAAAAUAUCUUAAAAAUAGGAAAAAUGUUAUGGUUUAAAGUUUUCCAAAUGAAGCCUAAGAUGAUAUCAACAGUAAAUGUACUAUAUUUUUUUUGUUUUUGCGCACAAAAUUUAAAUAUUUUGUGAAAAAGUUUCUGUAAAUCAAUAAAAUGGGUUUGAAUGCCGUCUUAUUAAUUUCUAAAUUGUGUGUGG